AAAAGAAGAGCUCGUCAGAAAAUAUCGAUUAAGUGUAAAGCAAUUACCUAUUUUUGGUUAUUAUAAAUUUUAAUUGGAUCUCGGUUUCGUUUUAAUUCAAGAACAUAUACCUAAGUAUGGAAAAAUCGAUAGCGUCGCACCAGGCAACGGAGUGUCGUCCGUCAGUCGUCGUGUUGGCGUCGCCAGCGUCGUCAUCGCGCUGCCACCGUCGUUCCUGUGGUUAAAAUCGGUAGUUUCCAGCAAGAUGUGAGAGGAAGUGCGUGCCGCGUAUAUAGGGAUGUUAAUUAUUAGUAGUAGUAGUAGAGUACUUUCAAUGAAGGAUCCAGUCGAGCAUGUACAACAUCAACCAGAACAUUCUGUUCACGGCCAUCAUCCUUGCUUUGUGCGUAAGUGCGUUUGUCCACGUAUUUCUUUUUCCCCUCUACAUCAGUCCAAGCCACACUUUAACGAAGUCGUUCGUGGACUUGGAGCAAUCAUUAUGCACCAACAACAUUCUGAAAUAUCGAAAAGAAUGGGCGAGACAGCAAUGCCCAUUGUAUGGUAUCGUGACCACAAUGCAAGGUGGCCGUUUGGGAAACCAAAUGUGGGAAUAUGCUUCCGUUUGGGCCGUUGCUAGACGAACCGGGCUUGAACCCUAUGUUCCCCGAUGCAUACGUGUCAGGCUCGACCAAGUUUUCGAAUCAUUGUCCGUGCCAACCCUUGAAGAAAUAGCUCACUGCCCAGUUGACAUGACCUUCUUCGUAAACUCUCUCGACGCAUGGAACUUUACCCGCCAGAGUAUCAUUCUACCACGCUACUCCUUGCAACCUGACAUAGUUCUCUCAUGGGUCCAAGAUAUUAUUAGUGAAUUUACGUUUAAGAAGAAAUUAUUUAACAAAAGCCAACAGAUUUUGCAACGUGCAGCCAAAAAUAUUUCUCAUCCCGUGUUUGUCGGUGUCCACGUGAGGAGAACAGAUUAUAUUGGAUAUUUGUGGAGGAAGCACACGGUUCAACCGGCCAGCUUCAAAUUUUACUACGCUGCAAUGAAGUAUUACAAUCAAAAGUACAAAAAUGUUGUCUUUAUUGUAGUAAGCGAUGAACCUGCUUGGUGUAUAAAAUUUUUCGGGAAGUUGAAGAAUGUUUAUAUAACAAGCAGAUCCAUCCCUAAUUCCCCUUCUUUAGAUUUAGCGAUAUUGUCCUCUUGCAAUCAUUCCAUUAUAGAUUACGGCACUUUCGGUACCUGGGGUGCUAUUCUAGCUGGGGGCGAGACAAUUUUUUAUAAUAUAAGUCAAAGUUCGGUCGCUAGGGUUGGGCAAAUUCUACCACAUUGGAAAAGUAUACCGUAGAAAGAAAAGGAGGAAAAUAAUUUUCGAAUCACUGCAGUUGCCAAAAAGAGUGCCAAUAUUUUCAGAUUUUAUUCGUGUAUUUUCUAAGAAGGGCGAUUUUGCAUACACCCUGAUUUACAUAAGACUACAUACGUAGUAGAAGAUUUAUUUAAAAAAUUAUUUUUCUACGUAAUUUAAAACAAAUUUAAUGUCUAGACGAGAAAAAAAUAAUUCUACAAAAUUACAAAUUAAGACCUUAUUUACUUUUUGUUAUCAAGAAGUGACGUUUUAGUAAAAUAUCCGUUAGACAUUUUUAGAAAAUUCUUGAUAUUAUCUAUAUAUCAUCGAAUAUACAUACUGUAGAACUAACUACACUAUGAAACUGAUAAAAAAUCUGGAAGACUGAAAAAAUACGAUAUGCCAUUGUGUUUUAUCAGUUCGGUAGUGUUGCGUAGAAAAUUUACAAAAUUUUGUUUAAAUUAAAAUAAAAAUAAUCUUUGUAGUCUAUCUACAUGAUACUGAGCUGUUUAGCUUUAAAUUCUUAACAAUAAUUGUUUUACCACACAGGGGCAUCUCCAAAAAAAAAAAAAUAAUUUGUAGUAUCUCUUAUACAGCAACUUAAACUAAAUAUCUACUAGUGGGUAUUUUCUCUAUAAUUACGUUUAUUUCUUAAUUUCUAUAAUGAUUCUAACAUAUUCUCUCCCAUUUUUUAAAUAAGAUGUAAAAAAUAACAAUUUGUAUUUUUAUAUUGAAAUAAUGUUUAGUUGUUUAUGAAUAUGAUUAAUGGAUAUUAUUAGCAUAAUUUUUAAUAUAUUCGAUAAAAGAUCCUCCAAUUUGCCCUAAAGGAAGGAAUCAAAGAAUUUACUGAUUACUAUUCGCAAAUAGUUAGAAAUGUAGAUUGCUCCAAUUUUGGAGAAAUGCAAAGAUUGGAUGAAGAUAUUAAGAAGUGAAGAUUCCGGUUGAUGAGAAAAUGUAUAAUAAAAGAAAAGCAUCCCCUCUAGUAAUUUAUAUUAAUACGUAAAAGAUGUUGUAAACAUUAUCCACCAUUACAUCUUCUGAAGAUGCCCUUGUGGAGCGAAACAAUUGUUAAGAAUUUAAAAUAAAGUAGCGGAAAUAUAAAAAUUAAGCUGAAUUAUUACUUAACUGAUUUCGAUUUAUCUAUAACGAAUUUUCAUAAAGUUAAAGCAGAAACAAUAACUACUUAGCACUCAUUAUUUUAAUUAUUUAUAGGAAUCUAAUUGUAAGUUGUAAGAUUUAUUAAUUUUGUAAUAGGUUAAUCUUUCAUGUUGUACUUUUCAAAUAAAGUACAUAAGUCUGGUGUAAAACUAAAGUAUGUAUAUUCUAAAAACAGUAUUACUUAUUGUGAGAAUAUAAAAUGCGUAGGUACAUGCAGUUUUUACAAAGUUUUCCAAAAAAUAAGAAUGUGCUCGUAAAAUUUACAAAUAUUAUUUAUUAUGUGUUGCAAAGUUUUUAAUUUAUAUUGCGCAGCACAUUUUUGGAAACAUUGCAUUUCUUCUAAAAACAUUAAAUGACUUACGACUAAUUUUUGGAAAGCUUUGUAUAACUUUUUAAUCUGUUGCUUUUUCUGUAUAUAAUAUCUCUCUUUUAUACACCUAUGUUAACAAGGCCUAUUAUCGUGUAUUUAAGUACUUGUAUGUUAAUAGACAUAUUAUGUACUGGGUGAUUUAAUCGGUUAGCUUUCAACAUAGUCUUCAGUCAUUGUUUAAAAUUGUGUACAUAUUUUUAAACGGUCUAAGUUCGUUUUCAAUCGAAACGAUUAUUUAUUUACAUUUAACCGCAUUUUAUAAUACAUAUAUUUAAGACACAUAAACGUCAUAGUUACAAAGUUGGUGGUUAACAUUUAUAAUAUUUAUAAUCAUUUCAAAAGUAAGCCGAUAUUUUUAAUAAUUACCAAACCUUUAAAUUUUCGUUAAAAAUAUAAGUAACAUACCUACUUUAAACUUAUUAUUUACCAACUUUGGACCUUGGCGAUAUUUAUAACAAUCAUAUAGUAAAAUAAUUAAUAAUGAUAACUACAAAAUAUAUACUAUAUAUUUACAUGUCUAUAUAUGGGUUGUGUUUAGGUUCUAAUACUUACACAUAAGCGAAAAAAAUAUAACUGUAUUUAGAGAAUAUACAUGGUACUACACUAGAGAUUAGUUGUAUUUGUACUAUACAUAAUAUAUGUAUGUUUAUUACUUACUUAUAAAUGAACUCAGUCUUUACUAACUACAUAGAUUAUGAUUUUUAAAGAAUUAUUUCAAUCUAUGUAAUUUUUACAUUACAUAUAUGCGUUAAAAGAAGUUGUGCUGUGACACAUUUUGUGCAAUUUGAAUUUUUAUUGAACAUGUUACAUAUAAUUAUAAAAUCUCUCAAGUAAAUAAAUGAUGAUACUAACUUGUUUUAGAAAAGAAAUUACGUAGUAAGUUUCAUCAGUUUCAAAUUUUUGUUCUUAUUAUUUUGUAAAACAUUUAAAACCCAAAAUCCAAAAAAGUUUAGAAAAAUAUACGAUUACGUUACUGUAUGUGUUUAAUGAGCCUAUUUAUCUAUUAUAUAUUUACUUAAGAAAGAGAAGUAUAAUAAAAACGGCCUCUAAUACUUGUUAUUAAUGUUAACGAUAAGUUGUGCAUAUACAUAUAUCUGUACUUUAAUGUUGUCGACUUCUAAUAAAUAUACUUAUUUUUCUUUU